GCAGACCUCAUCAAACAGCACUGAUGCGAGUCAGAUCUCCUGUAACGCUCCAACAGAAGCAAGGCUCCGCGCCACAGUAGCAGAGGCCACCAUGUCCUCCGUGGUAGUCGGAAUGGAAGCAAGACCAUCAAACGCUGCAACGCCGCGGGAACUAACUCAAAACCCGCUCAAGAAAAUCUGGAUGCCAUUGCCUUGUGAAAAUGGCCUUCUUGAUAAACGCAUUUGUCAAAGAAUGGUAUGUAUGACCAACUGUCCCACCCUGAUAGUGACGGUGGGCCUCCCGGCCAGAGGAAAGACCUACAUCUCCAAGAAGCUCACCCGCUAUCUCAACUGGAUCGGCGUGCCAACCAAAGAAUUCAAUGUUGGGCAGUACCGGCGUGAGUGUCUGAAGAUCUACAAGUCCUUUGAGUUCUUCUGUCCAGACAAUGAGGAGGGCUUGAAAAUCAGACAGCAGUGUGCGUCAGCAGCACUGAAUGAUGUCAGACAGUACCUCGCUGAUGGAGGCCAAGUUGCUGUGUUUGAUGCGACUAACACCACUAGAGAGAGGAGAGAGACCAUCAUUGCGUUUGCUGAGCAGAAUGGCUUCAAGGUGUUCUUUGUAGAGUCUGUUUGUGAAGACCCUGAAGUCAUUGCAGAGAACAUUGUGCAAGUGAAGCUGGGCAGCCCUGACUACACCAACUGCAACACAGAGGAGGCUAUGGAGGACUUCAAGAAGAGGAUCAAGUGUUAUGAGAACUCCUAUGAGACCCUGGAUGAGGUUCUGGACAGGCAUCUGUCCUACAUUAAGAUCAUGGAUGUGGGCCGGAGGUACCUGGUGAACCAGGUCCAGGACCACAUCCAGAGCAGGAUUGUCUACUACCUCAUGAACAUCCACAUCACGCCACGCUCCAUCUACCUGUGUCGCCAUGGAGAGAGUGACCUCAACGUCAAGGGCUGCAUUGGAGGAGACUCUGGGCUCUCACCCAGGGGCAAGGAGUUUGCCAAGUAUCUUCACCAGUUCAUCCAGUCUCAGGAGAUCAGUGAUCUGAAGGUGUGGACCAGCCAGAUGAAGAGGACCAUCCAGACAGCUGAGGCUGUGUCUGUACCCUACGAGCAGUGGAAGGCUCUCAAUGAGAUAGACGCGGGUGUGUGUGAGGAGAUGAUGUAUGAGGAGAUCCAGCAGCACUACCCUCUGGAGUUUGCAAUGAGGGACCAGGACAAAUACCGCUACCGUUACCCCAAGGGAGAGUCCUAUGAAGACCUGGUGCAGAGGUUAGAGCCGGUCAUCAUGGAGCUGGAGAGGCAGGAGCAUGUCCUGGUCAUCUGUCAUCAGGCUGUCAUGCGCUGCCUGCUGGCCUACUUCCUUGAUAAGACAGCAGAGGAGCUGCCCUACCUGAAGUGCCCACUGCACACCGUGCUGAAGCUCACACCAGUUGCUUAUGGCUGUAAGGUGGAGUCCAUCUACCUAAAUGUGGAUGCAGUGAACACUCACAGAGAACGCCCAGAGAACGUAGAGGUGUCACGGAUGGCAGAGGAGGCUUUGCUAACAGUACCAGCUCACCAGUGAGAUAGUGUCCCUCACUCGCUCUAUCCCUCACACUCCCUCCUUUCUACUCCUCCCGCUGGCCCUGCCUCCAUAUUUGCUCCUUCAAUCAGGCAGUUAGUUCUUAAUUACUCCAUUCCCUCUACUUCCUGACAUCAAAAGCACUCUGAUUGUUCUACUCAGAUUGAGUCAAAGUAUCCAAUUAAAGUAAUGAUAAUUAACUGGAAUCCAGUUCAUUUGAAUAUCCUUACUAUAAGUAAGGGUCUGGUGUCCUUUUUUUGUCUGUUUAUUGAAAUUAUAUUUUUCUCUCAAUUGACAUGGUUUUGCAAAUGAAUGUUGUAUUUCCAAACCAGAGCACAUUUUAAUUUCAAAUGUUUAUUUUAAUUUUAGGAUAAUCUUUUUCAUUUAGUCUCAUGGAAGGGAUCCUAAUAAAAUACCUAUUCGGGAAGCUCAGUAUUUGGAACAUUUGUCAGUCAUGUGUGGCUGAUGUGAAUCGAUGUCUUAAUUAGUUUAAAAGUUGAAUGUGUCUGUCAAUGUUCAUUGCGUUGCACAAAUGUCUACUUGAUUUGAGGUAGUGUUUUGCACCUGGACUCUGAGUCUUAAACUCUUUUAGUACUAAUUUAAUAAUUUUUAAAAAUUCAGUUUAGUAUAUAUUUUUAUUUGAUCAUGUAAGAUUAAAUGUUUGUUUAUAAUCAUGUAUGAAGAAGGCCCAGAGAAACAUAUAUUUUUCAAUAAAAAAUGUGAAGGUCUGCUCCAUAUGGAAUAUGACCGGGAGUAAUUUCCACAUCAGUGUUUACUGACUGCUAAUAAAAUCUACUUGACCAGUCCUGCUGUAUUUUAUAUAUCGAUGCAUCAAAUCUCAUGUUUUUGUUCUACAAAUGUCUUGAUAAACCACUGUGCUACGCAAAUAAAUAGCAUUUGUUCUUCAACCUUA